AUUCAGGUUGUGAUGAUCUAGCAGGGAGAGGAAAGCCCCAAUCUAAACAAAUAUGAGGAGAAGCAAGUGUCUGGUGUGAUCAAUUGGAUGUAAUUUUUGGGACAUCUUAGACACUGUCUGGUACCUUUUCUGUAUCAUUGUGGGUGUGCUGGGGCAGAGUCCAUACUUGUACAAAGCUUUUUUCAUGCAUGAUUGGAGUUCCUCUGCCACACACCCAUCCCUGCUUGGAUACCUCUGCUGUGUCCAAUGCUGGCAAAAACUCAUGGUAACAUGUACACUCUGUGGUUUGGGUGGGUCCCAGUGAUUAUACUGAAUGGAUUUCAAGCAGUGAAGGAUGGCAUGACCACACACCCUGAAGAUGUUUCUGGCAGGCUGGUAUCACCUUUCUUCAGAGCAUUGGCCAAAGGAAAAGGUAUUAUCCUUGCGAGUGGUCGCUCCUGGAAGCAGCAGAGACGUUUUGGAAUAAUGACUCUACGCAAUUUGGGAAUGGGGAAAAAAGGCCUGGAGCAUCGAGUGCAAGAGGAGGCCUCUCACCUGGUGGAGUUUUUUGGGAACCUCAAAGGAAGACCUGUGGAUCCUUCUUUCCCUCUUUUCCAUUCUAUUUCAAAUGUAAUUUGUGCUGUGGUUUUUGGAUAUCACUUCUCUGAUGAGGACAAAACCUUCCAUGAACUGAUCCAUGCUACAGAGAAAAUAUUCAGGUUUGCAGGCAGCUUUGUUCAUCAGAUGUACGAAAUCCUGCCCUGGCUGCUGUGUCACCUCCCUGGGUCUCAUAAGAAAGUGUUGGCUUGCUAUGAUGUCCUGAGUUCUUUUGCAAGAAAGGAGAUCAGAAGACAUGUAGAGAGGGGGAUACCAGCUGAACCACAGGAUUUCAUUGACUUUUACCUGGCUGAGAUUGAGAAAUCUAAAGAGGGGGCCAAGCCCAAGUAUGAUGAAGAGAAUUUGGUAUAUGUCAUAAAUGAUCUUUUCCUUGGUGGAUCAGAGACCUCAAGCACUACAUUGUACUGGGGACUGCUCUAUAUGGUGGUGAAUCCAGACAUCCAAGCAAAAGUGCAGAAGGAGCUGGAUGCUGUCCUGGGUCCUUCCCAGUUAAUUUGUUAUGAGGAUCGGAGAAAGCUGCCCUACACAAACGCUGUGGUUCAUGAGGUUCAGCGCUUCAGCAACAUUGUCUUUGUUGGUGUCCCCAGACUGUGUGUGAGGAACACAACUCUGCUGGGAUUCCCUGUCAAAAAGGGCACCAUUGUCAUCCCAAAUAUAGCAUCUGUUCUGUAUGACCCUGAGCAGUGGGAGACACCUCGGCAGUUCAACCCUGGCCAUUUUCUGGAUAAAGAGGGAAACUUUUUACCUCGAGAAGCUUUCUUGCCAUUCUCAGCAGAACUGAAAAUCCAGAUGCAAAAGAAGGAAACAAGGGCACCGGGUGUGUUUGGGGGAGCACUUAGCCAGGACCGAGCUGUUCAUUUUCUUUGCCAGCCUGCUGCGGGCGUUCACCUUCCGCCUGCCCGAGGGAGUGACCGCGGUCAGCACGGAGCCCGUCCUGGGGGGCACUCUGCAGCCCCAGCCCUACAGGCUCUGUGCCAUCCCAUGCUAGGCCAGUAUGGCACCGCCACCUUUACCUCCGUCAUCCCUAAUAAUACGGUUUAGGUUUUGAAAUCAGGUUGCAGGUGUCUGUUCCAGGCAAAUAUGUGCAACUGGGUGUGUUACUUUUUUAAUCACUGUGAUUGCUUCAGCUAAAAUGAGUUCGUGUCGCAGAACUGCAGAAGGGCUGCUUUGUUUUAUAUUUGCAGGAUAGCAGGAGUGUGUGAAUCCAGAAAGCCUAAAAUAUUUAAUUUUGAUUGAUAUGAAAGAGCUGCCUAACAUACGGUGCUCAGCUCUGCUAAGUUAAGGUACAGGAAAGCACUGGCAGGUUGUCUGCCACCCAGAUCCUCUGCUGAUGUUUUUCUUGUGCUUUUCUUUCUCUUUCAUGAUGGGCCUCUCAUGGGUAGCAAUAUUAGUGCCACAGCCAUAAGCAGGACAAAUGCCAAACUCCAGGGAAGCUAUUUAUCCUGGCAAAAGGAAAAAGCAGGCACUGGAGACAAAGACAGCCUUGUGUAAAAGUUGGUAGAUGCUGCAUCCAUCCAGAAAUUAAAAUCAAGGGUUGAUUUUUUUUUCACUUCUGUUCUAAUAAGUUGUUUGAACUGUUUUGUUUCAAAGGCCAAGGCAAAACUGAACCUGUGGAGGCUUCAUGGAAUGACCCAGUGAAUCAUUGGUGUGUAGUGGGGGAACCUGACAUCUGUGGGAUUACAUUUUGAAAAAAAAUUAUCUGGUGCACCAGCCUAUGCAUUUGGGGAAACUAUUCCUGUAUUUGAGGAAGUUUAGAAACUCUUGAACAAACAAGAGGUGAAAGAACAGGAAAUUUUUGCUGUCUCUCUGGCAGGUGACAAGUACAACAAAAAGGGAGAUGAGUCAAAAGAGCCAGAGGGGGUUGCACUGCACAUGCUGUGUUGGUAAUCUGAGCCUCAUCACAGGAUUUGUACUAAACAUCUCUUUCUGUUCAAAAAGCAAUUGGAUAUAUCUUCAGCAGGAAAAUUACUUUAGGCUUGUUUAAUAAGCAUACAGUGUUUGGCGUUUGUACUGUUCUUACACACUUUUCUAAGGCACCUGCAAUCUUAUGCUGUGAGAACAUGAGACUGGCUGAACUUUCACCUGACACACCAUGGCUGUGUUUGAGCUCUGUAACUGAAUUAAAAUAGUUUCAUAUUAAUCUUCAUCUUGCAUAUGUAUUGUCAUUAUUAUGUCACACUCAUAUUUUCCAUUUGAAUAACUUCAUCUUACUUUCAGACAGCACCCUGACCAAGUGCCUGCUGAGACAUAACUUGGGAAACUAGAACAAGAUGCUUAUCCAAGCAAUCGUAAUCCUGGAGUAUGAGCCAAAGUGCACUAAAUGCUAUUCACUUCCCUUUGAUUAAAAGUUUUGUCUCUGGCAAAAUUUGCCUUAAUUCAUUUGCCAAAUGCCUUCAGGUGAGAAAAAUGUACUGUGAACAGGAAAUCUGAUUUUCUUCAUUACUAAAAUGAAAUUUCAUGUUUAAAAAAGACAGAUAAUAUGCUAGUUGAAUUGGAGUUACACACUUCCUUUACCACAUUGUUGAGGAGCCAUUUGUCAUCGUGUGUGAGAUCUGCAUUUAAGUCCAUGCUGUAAGGGCAGCCUUGAACUGGGAACAGUGGGUAACCCAAGACAUGGAAAUCCCUCCCCAUAAAAUCCUUGUGCUGAAAUGUUAUCUUCUCACUUCUUUUUUGUCUUCAUUAUAUUUAUAUUAUCUCAUUAUAUUUGUAAUCGUGAAAUGUUACAUUAAUAACAUUUGCAGCUGAAUUAAAUUGAAAGUAACAACAAA